AAAGGGCCGCUGACUGGACAGGAGUAUCUUACGAAUGGCGGAGACGCUGAGGCGGGUGCUAAACCUAGGCACCUCAGCAAGGUCCGGGGAGGAGGAUACAGCUGAGGCUGGACCGCCUUUGCUGCUGCUCGGCGGCCCAGGGUCUGGAAAGACAGCGCUGCUAUUCGCGGCGGCCCUGGUAGCGGCAGGAGAGGGCCGAGGCCCCGUCCUCUUUCUGACUCGAACGCCUCUUCAAAGCCUGCCCCGCGGGACUGGCGCAGCACUCGACCCCCUGCGGCUACAGGAGGUCCGACUAAGAACGCUACGGGCAGGUUUUCCGUGGAAAGAUUGCCUUAGAUACUUGAAGAUCCGCUUCCAGUACCCACCCUCAACCCAUGAACUCCUUCAGCUUCUGUGCUCUGCCCAUGAGGCCCGCGGUCCAGCCCCCUCCCUGCUGCUACUGGAUGGCCUCGAGGAGUACCUAGUGGAAGACCAGGGACCCCAGGACGCCGCCUACCUGGCUGCGCUGCUUCUGGACACAGCUGCCCACUUCAGCCACCAGACUGGGCCUGGCCAGGGCUGUGGGCUCAUUGUGGCCCUACAGACCCAGGAGGAGGGAGUCAGUGGGGAUGCCCUGCAGGUGUCACUGCUCCAGCGGUAUUUCCCUGCCCAGUGCUGGCUGCAGGCAGAGACACCAGGCCCAGGACAGCACCGCCUCCGAGCCUGCCUGGAUCCAGGUGGUCUGGGGCCUAGGGCAGAGUGGUGCGUGGCUUUCCGACCAAAUGGAGAGAUGACAAUCACCCCGUGGCCUACCCAGGCUGGUAACCUCAGCUUAGACAAAGGUUCAAGCUCUGGAGGCCAGCCUUGAGCUUUGGUGUGUGACAACCUCUCUAUGCCUCAGUAUCCCAUGCCUGGAAUACUUACUUUAGGAACACAUGCAGAUUCAAAGACCUAAAGAAUAUAAAAUGCUUUUUCUCAUUUAAAAGUAGCAUUAUCAGGGAACCUGGGUGGCUCAGUUGGUUAAAUGUUGGACUCUUGAUUUUGGCUCAGGUCAUGAUCUCAUGGUUCGUGGGAUCAGGGCCCACGUCGAGCUCUGCACUGACAUCAUGGAGCCUACUUGGGAUUCUCUCUCUCUCUCUCUCUGCCCUUCCCCCACUCCCUCUCUCUCAAAAUAAAUAAAUAAACUUAAAAAAAAUAAAAAUAGCAUUAUCAUGUACCUGUUAUGCCCAAUUAACAUUGUUGAAUUUUGCUGUUUUGAACUUUAUAAAAAGUUUCAUGAUAAAUGUAA